AUGAAUGUAUCAUUAUUAUGGAGUUCAUCAAUAAAUAUUGAAAAUUCAACGAAUACAUUUUCAUCUUCAUCCCGAAUUCUCAAUGUUCUAUCAACUAGUUACACAUCAACAAGUAAAAUAAUUGAAAAUGAAUUUACAUCAUCUUCAUUAUCACAAACAUCUACUACAUCUCAAACAGUAUCAACAAUAGCAUCAGUUAAUUCACUUGUUGAUCAAAUGAAUUCUUAUCGUGUAAUUGAUAUACUUGCUCGUAUAAAACAUUGUGAUUCAAAUAUGAAAUUAAACGAUAUAUGUGAAACAUAUUCAAUUGAUAAUAAUACAAAUUUAUUAAUACGUCAAUCAAAUAUUGAAUUUCAUACAUUGCAACAUCUUUCUGAUGUUCUUGUUGAUCGAAUAAUUCUACAAAAAUUAAAUGAAUUUUGUGUACCAAUUAAAUGGUGUUUGAAAAAUUUAUCCGAAAGUGAUAUUUAUUUCACUUAUAGUAUUAUACAAGAACGUGGACGUUCAUUUUGUUACUUAGAGCAAUGUCAUUCACGACUAUUAGUAUUUAUUAAUACAUGCCCAAUACUUUCGAAUACGAAUAUGAGCAUACCGACAUUAAAAUUAUUACCAAUGUUAUGUACUCUUUAUAAUGAACAAGAACGUUGGAGUUCAACUGAGUGUAUAGAAGAAAUCGUUUAUCUUCUUCAUAUGCUUUAUGCUUUUUGGCCUCAAAUUGAGAAAUGUUAUUAUGAUAUUUCUGCUGGUUUUGAUGUUUGUACACCUGAAUGUCAAACAUUUAAUGAUAUUUUGAAUAAAGCAAAAAUUCAAUGUGAUGUUAAUGGAACUUUUUUAACUCGAGUACCUGCUUUAGAUUGGUAUCAAUCGAUUAAUUUAAAAGAAAUAUGUCAUCAAAAAUAUGCUUCAACAACGCAUCGAUUUAUCUAUUCAUCAAAACGUCGGUCAAAUCCAAAUAAUCGACGAUUUGAUAAUAAUUAUCAAUAUACUCGAUUAAAUGAUUCGCCAUUUGAAUUUGCAACCAAUACUGAAAUUUCAAAUACGAGUUCAACAACAAAUCGGAUAAUGGACGAUGAAUCACAAUUUGAUUCAAAUGAUCGUUUUCGUUCAGUCGAAUACCAACGAUUACUACAUGCAGAAUGA